AUGGCAGCCUGGUACGACUGCCUCCUCUUGAAGGACAGGACCCUGACAGAUUACGAGAAGGAAAAGCUGGACCGUGUGAACGUGAGAGCCGGCAGCGCCGAAGGUGGCGAUGUGACUAUAGGCCCAACGGACAGUCUCUUCACCAGACCCUUGUAUGUGCCGUUAACGCACUACCACCAUCUCGACGCCCUAUUAGCCAUCAUGGCGUGCUACGUCUCCCCGAGAGUGAAAAGUUUGUGCGACUAUCCCAGUGACCCCGGGCAGGGUUACGAGUUGAUCACCCGUGUCUGUGUGGGUCAGAGAGACCCUGGCAGCCUUAGCAAGGUGUAUGUUGUAACCCUCCUACCCCUGUCUGGGCCGGGUCAUAGUGACCCCGGCCAGCGUUACGAGUUGAUUCCCCCCCUGUCUGUGUGGAGUGACCCUGGCACCACUUGUCCACAAGAACUCAGUGCAAGACCUCGUUGCAAUCACACGGGGAGGCCUGCCAAGCGUACCGGAGGGGCCGAAGGGUCCGAAGGAGCAGACAGGGCCGACCGCUCGCGUGCCUCGUCCGCUCGCGUGCCUCGUCCGUUCGCGUGCCUCGUCCUAUUCACGUGGCCACUGAAGAAGAAGAAGAAGAAGAAGAAGAAGAAGAUGAGGACUAUGAUGAGGACGAUGAUGAGGAGGAAUACGACCCCGCCGAGCGCGAGCCCUCCGCCUACGACGCCUCGCAGUCCUUGUUUGAGCGCGGCUCAGGUCCUGGAACAGAUAUCCUCCAGUGUCGACCAAGAAGACGAGGAAGACUACAUGGAAUCCGAAGAGGAGGACGUUUCGGAAGAUGAAGACGGUGAGGAAUACAACCCCGAGCGUGAUGCGGACGACGACGACGACGACUCGGCCUCACGGUCGUGCUCCUCUUCGGAGGAAGAGCGAGAGGGAGAGCGAGAGGGAGACACGGCCGCUGCCCGAGAGCGAGACACAGCCAGAGAGCCAGAGCGAGACAGAGAGGACGCGGCGGCAGCCGCCCGAGCCCAAAGGGAGACGUUGCUGUCAAAGAACGGCAAAAUCAAAUGGUCCUCCGUGGCCUAUCGCGGCCCGGACCGGACCCGCGCCAUCCGCCGCCCCCGCUCCGUCGUGACGCCGGGCCCCACGGCCUACGCCGCGUCGCGAGCGCUCGACAUCGAGUCCGCCUUCCGGCUGUUUGUCACACCGGCGAUAGAAAGGAUCAUUGUGGACAUGACAAAUCUGCAGGGGGUGAGAAAAUACGGCGACGGCUGGCGACCCAUGGACUCCACCGACCUGCGCGCCUACGUAGGGCUGCUGAUCCUAGCCGGCGUCUACAGGUCCCGAGGCGAGGCCGCGGCCAGCCUGUGGGACGCCGAGAGCGGCAGGACCGUGUUCCGCGCCACCAUGCCGCUCAAGGUGUUUCACAAGUACUCGAGGCUGCUGCGAUUCGACGACCGCCAGUCGAGACCCGCCAGACUCGCCACCGACAGACUGGCGGCCAUAAGAGAGGUAUGGGACCUGUGGGAGGAGCGGCUGCCGGCCCUCUACAACCCGGGGCCCGACCUGACGGUGGACGAACAACUGGUCCCGUUCAGAGGACGCUGUCCUUUCCGACAGUACAUUCCCAGCAAGCCGGCCAAAUACGGCAUCAAGUCGUGGGUGGCCUGCGACGCCAAGUCCAGCUACGCUUGGAAGAUGCAAGUCUACACCGGCAAGGCGGCCGGCGGAGGCCCCGAGAAGAACCAGGGCGCCCGCGUCGUCCUCGAUCUGACCGAGGGACUGCCGGGCGGUCACAACGUCACGUGUGACAAUUUCUUCACCUCCUACGAACUGGGCCAGCGGCUCCUCGAGAGGAACCUCACCAUGGUGGGCACGGUGAGAAAGAACAAGGCCGAGCUCCCGCCCGCGCUGCUCCAGUCAAAGGGCAGACAGGUCCUGUCCUCCAGGUUCGCCUUCACGCCCACCGCCACUCUAGUGUCCUACCUGGCAAAGAGAAAUAAGAACGUGCUACUUCUGAGCACGCUGCACGCGGAGCCCGACGUUAGCGAUCGCCGCGACCGGAAGCCGGCCCUCAUCCUAGACUACAACUGCAACAAGGGCGGCGUGGACAACCUAGACAAGGUGGUCGGGACCUACAGCUGCAGACGGAUGACCGCCCGCUGGCCCCUGGUCAUCUUCCACAACAUCCUCGACGUGUCCUCCUACAACGCCUUUGUCAUAUGGCGAGAGAUCAAGCCCGACUGGAUGCCUGGGAAGCGGAACAAGAGGAGGGUGUUCCUGGAGCAGCUCGGAAAGGCACUCGUGAAGCCCUUGAUACAAAGAAGGCAGCGGCUCCCCCGCACCCAAGCCGCGUCCGCACUUGUCAAAGUCCUACAGAGUGCCACCGCCGAGGCUCGUCCGCCAGCCCGGGAGCAAGCCGCUGGCCCGGCCGCCGCCGCCCCAGCCGCCCCGCCGGUGGCGAGUAAGAGGAAGAGGUGUCAGCUCUGCCCACCCAAGAAGGACGCCAAGACCUACACCGCGUGCUGCAGGUGUAACAAAUACAUCUGCAAAGGCUGUUCACACGCAUACUGUCAAACUUGUGCCCACUGGGCCUUUAGCCAAGACGGGACAGGGUGA